AUGAAGGCCUUCUGUGGUCACAGCAACAGCACCGGUAUUAUUCUGUUUCCCUUCUCAGAGCUGAGGCUGGCUGGUAGUUCAACUCAGUGCGCUGGUCGAGUUGAAAUCCUCCAUAACCAACAGUGGGGCACAGUGUGUGGGAAUGGCUGGAACUUAAACAACGCCCGUGUCGUGUGCCGGGAAAUGGGCUGCGGGAAAGCUCUAACAGCGCCGAUUGGAGAUAAGUUUGGACGAGGCUCCGGUCCCACUUGGAUGGACGGACUCAACUGCACAGGAGAAGAAGAGAGUCUACGCAAAUGCCCAGCAAAGGCCUUGGCAGAACACAGUUGCGAUCACAGCAUGCAUGCUGGUGUAGAGUGUGCAGAACCACUGGAAAUCAGGCUAGUGCGGGGCGAUCAUAAAUGUUCUGGGAGAGUCGAGAUAUUCCAUGAAGAGCUCUGGGGAACCAUCUGUGAUAACGACUGGGAUCUCGAUGACGCGGAAGUUGUGUGUCGCUACCUUGGGUGUGGAGCCGCUUUCUCUGCUCCACGAGGUUCCCGUUUUGGAGAAGGAUCUGGUCCCAUCUGGCUGGAUGGAAUCAAUUGCACGGGGAAGGAGAACGCCAUCAGCAAAUGCCCCGCAAAAGAGUGGGGGGCACAUGACUGUACCCACACCGAAGAUGUCGGUGUUGUAUGUGCAGGUAUCUUCUUUCAUCUUGGAGAAAAUGUCCGCUUAGCGAGUGGCUCAAAUCGCUGUUCAGGGCGGGUUGAAGUUUACCACAAUGAGCAGUGGGGCACCGUUUGCGACAAUGGCUGGGAUCUCAACGAUGCCCAGGUGGUGUGCCGGGAGCUGGAGUGUGGAAACGCCUUGUCGGCAGUAGGGGGAGCCCGCUACAGCCAAGGAUCCGGCACCAUCUGGCUGGACAAAGUCAACUGCACGGGAAAAGAAAAAUCCCUCCGAGAUUGCCCCAAAAGACCCUGGGGAGAGCACAGCUGCGACCACAGAAGGGAUGCGAGUGUGGAAUGCUCAGAACUAACAAUUCCUUUAACCAUUCCAGACCCAAAUGAGAUCAGACUGGUGAACGGUUCAAACCGGUGCUCCGGCAGAGUUGAGGUACUCCACAACCAGCAGUGGGGGACUGUGUGUGACGAUGACUGGAGCAUGCUCAAUGCCCAAGUUGUGUGCAGGGAACUCGAAUGCGGAGUAGCCCUGUCCUCCCCACGUGGCGCUCACUUUGGAGAGGGAAGUGAUCACAUCUGGCUGGACGAUGUCAAAUGUAAAGGGACCGAAGCUUCCCUCAGGGACUGCCGGCUCAAAGGCUGGGGCGAACACAACUGCAACCAUGCAGAAGAUGCCGGUGUGGUGUGCUCAGAAGUCAGACUGGUGAAUGGCUCAAGUCGCUGCUCUGGGAGAGUUGAGAUAUUCCAUGGCCAGCAGUGGGGGACCGUGUGUGACGACCGCUGGGGCAUGAAGCAGGCUGAAGUCAUUUGCAGGGAGCUGAACUGUGGUGUUGCAUUAAAAGCGCCUACACGUGCCUUUUUUGGACAGGGAUCAGGGCCCAUCUGGAAGGAUGACGUCAACUGUGUCGGAACAGAAGCCUCUUUCAGUGAAUGCACGUCGAGCACUUGGGGCCUUAAUAACUGCAACCACAGAGAAGAUGCUGGUGUUGAGUGUGCAGGACAGGAGGGACCUGACCCGGCGGAGAUGAGGCUGGUCAAUGGUUCAAGUCGGUGCUCCGGAAGGGUGGAAGUGUUUCAUAUGGGUCAAUACGGAACGGUGUGCGACGACAACUGGGACAUUAAUGAAGCCGUAGUUGUAUGCAGGAAUCUGGACUGCGGGACUGCAGUCGCUGCCCCGCGCGGAGCCCGGUUUGGGUGGGGAGCAGAUCCCAUCUGGAUGGAUGACUUAGAAUGUACCGGAACAGAACUUGCCCUGACGGCAUGCCGAGCGAGGCCUUUGGGAAGCAACGACUGCAGCCACGGAGAAGACGCUGGCGUUAUAUGUUCAGAUGAUCUGAGACUGGUCAACGGCUCAAGCCGCUGCAGCGGAAGAGUUGAGAUUCGUCCACCCCACAGCGAGCAGUGGGGAACUGUCUGUGACCGUACCUGGGACAUAAAUGAUGCUGGAGUCGUAUGCCAGCAGCUGGGCUGCGGAAAGGUUGUAUCAGCCCUCCAAGGAGCUCAUUUUGGGAGAGGAUCCGGUUCCAUCUGGAUGGAUGACAUCAACUGCAAAGGCACGGAAAAUGCCAUUGCAGAAUGCAGUGCAAAUACCCAAGGGAACAAUAACUGUAAUCAUGAACAAGACGCAGCAGUUAUUUGUUCAGAAUCAUCCUACAUAAACGUGGGUGACAUAAGACUGAUGAAUGGUCCUCCGGACGCUUGCGCUGGAAGAGUUGAGGUCUUGUACCAGCAGCACUGGGGGACAGUAUGCGACGAUAGAUGGGACAUGGAGGAUGCCGGUGUUGUAUGCACGCAGCUGGGCUGUGGCUUCGCGUUGGAAGCCCCGCACAUGUCGCACUUUGGGGAAGGGUCUGGUCCCAUCUGGCUGGAUGACGUGAACUGCACAGGAUCUGAAGAGUCUCUCAAAGACUGCAAAGGACAGGCCAUGGGAGAGCACAAUUGUAACCAUGCCGAGGAUGCGAGUGUCAUAUGCUCAGGUCUUUUCCAGGUGCGAUUGGCCAACGGACCCAAUUCCUGUGCCGGGCGGGUGGAGAUAAAACAUAAUGGCUCUUGGGCCUCCAUCGGUGAAACCGACUGGAGUCUUACGGAGGCCACGGUGGUCUGCCGGCAACUGGGCUGUGGGGCAGCCGUGUCUGCACCGGUGGGCAACCAAUAUGGUGUCGCUCUUGGCCCAGCAUUGCUGAACGAGGUGAAAUGGUCUUCUGUCGCUGUGACAGUGAUUCUGGUGUUGGCAGCUGCUGCCCUUCUCCUCGGUGGGACCUUGCUGUACCUGCGGAAACGGAGGAGCGGGAAACCCUUAUGGGCGGAUCUCUUCGCUCAUACACAAAAUGCAUUUACGAAAGACAUCACCUUUCAAUCAGAUAUGGUAAACGGCACUCCAGACACAUACGGCCAGGAAGGAGCAGCGCACGAGAUGGACUCGGACACCGUCUGCCUGGUGAAAGGCACCGCUGGGUCUCCCCCAGACCCCAUUAACUGA